UGCAGUUGCGUCAUAAUGCAAGAAAGUUUUGUAAACGUGCUUCCACGCCACCUCUUUCUUCUAACUCAGUGCCACACAAUUAUAUAACUUCUCACUCUAUUCCACCAACACUUAUAUUCCUAAGUACUACUUAGGUUCUUGUUUUUGUUUAUUUGUUUUUAAUGAUCAACUAAUCAUGUUUAGUCUUGUUUGCUUCCAUUCAUUUUUCCGGGAACUUCCCUAUGCAACCAAAUGGACGGUUCUAUUGAUUAUUACUGCGGUGUUGGCUUCGUUGGCGCCCGGUGUGGCCUUUAUGUUUGCAGUAUCUCAAUCAUCAAAGCCAUGUCAACAUCAUGAAUCUGUGAGGAUUCCUUUCGAUUCUCCGACGGAGAUGGUUUGCUUGCCGGAAUAUGCGGUGGUUAGCACUUCCCACUUUGAUUUCUUCUUGCCAACUUUGUUUGCUGCUUUGGUUGUUUCUGUUUCUACUUGCUUGCUUCGUUCUGUACUCUCUACAUGAAGAUGCACAUUCAUUUUAUUCAUUUUUUUCUUAACCCUCUCUCAUUCGAAAGGAAA